AUGUUGCAAUCCUUUGAGCUUGAUACGGAUUCGAAGCUGCAUGAACGUCUCCUCAAGGUCUCCAAGUUUCCCAAGACGCUGGCUUAUUGGGAGGAGCUAUUGAACUACCUUCUGCAGUUGGCAAGCCCUUUAAACAAGUCGAUUGAUCGGCAGUUGUGCAAGCUAAUCCGGUAUGCAUAUGAAUCGAUGCUGCUUCAGUUUCCGUAUCUCGAAAAUUACCAUGUCGACUACGCGUUGUUCGAGUUUAAGCUCGGAAGCACGGCGAAAAUGCAUAAGAUCUUCCAGAAAGCGCUGGACAUCUUCAACCAGAGGUCGAUUUUGUUGUGGGUCGAGUACUUGAAACUAUGCAAUGAGGUUGUGAUGAGCGAUAAGGCGCUGUUUAAAAAGUACGAGACAGCGGAACGAUAUAUUGGUCUGCACUUCUACGCAGGCGAGUUUUGGGAGAUGUAUCUAGAACAGAUCCGGCAACGAUGCAAGCUACCCCAUCGGUAUGUGACCAUUCUUCGAAAGGUGAUUGAGAUUCCGCUAUAUGAUUAUUCUGUGUUUUAUAGUCUAUGGCUGCAGUGUAUCCAGGACGUAAAAGAUUUGAGGCAGUUGAAAUGGUUUGCACCGUGUAGUGAACUAUGGAAGAAACUCAAGAUUAACGUUUGUCUCACAUCGAGGCGGGGGCCAGAGCUGCAAGAGGCUAAAGCACAACUCAGAAAGGUUACGAAGGAACUGUACAUGGUAGUGCAAUACCAAGUGAUGGAAAUAUACAAUCUAUUCGAGGGCAAGUUGGUUACACAUACCUACACCUCACCUUCAACACUUAUACCACACGAAGAAAUUACGACAUGGACCAAAUACCUAGACUACACUGCAACCUUGCGUAUAUACCCACUCACGUCUCUCAACUUUCAGCGUGCAGCUACAGUCCUAGCGCACUACGAUGUGGUAUGGUUAAAAUGGGCAAACUGGCACGCGGAAAGAGAAGGAGACUAUGUGUCCGCACAAAACGUUCUAGUAAAGGGCUUACAGUUAAGCAAUAGAAAAGCAAGAAUUUUGUCCAGGCUUGCUGUUGUAAUGAUUCGUAACGGUGAGUACUCGGAAUUGAACACGAUAUACGAUGACCUCAUAACAUUAUACCAGGGAAAGCUUGAUGCCCUUGAUCUACAAUCAUUUCUCGACUACGUUCAGAUUAAGGUCUUUUUAACGCAGCCGAUUUCCCAAAGUAGGUAUAAAUCCGCAAAUGACGACUUUUUAAUAUCAGAAGAACUGAUGGAAAUCAUAUUGAAACGACUAUCUUCUGAAGAUGAAGCGGGACAUCGUAUCCUACUGCCCUUACUAAAUCAAAUGUACCAACGUGUGCCUCGAGACUUGCUUGAAAAGAAACUCUUCCAACGCAUAAUUAGUUCAAACUGGUCGCAAUUCCUUUCAUCGGGCUAUUUCUGGUAUGAGUACUGCCAUAUGGUUUGGUUUGACACCGGCAGAUCAUACCUCGAAAGAAGGAAGUACAUUACCAAGGAAAUAUGGCCCCAAGCGGCCAGAUACAGGAAUGACGGGAUCUGCAAUGCUCUUCAACAAUUUGCUGCAAGCUAUUCUCCUGAUGACCUUGCCAUCUUGAGUGAGCUUUUUGAUUCCAACAGCAAAUCUGAAUAG